CGGCGCUGUGAAGGAAAGGACGAUGGCGAGCAGGAUGAUGAUAAUGAUGACUACAAAGAAGCGAGAAAUCAGAGAGGAUGAGAAAACCCAGACACCGAUAUGUAAUACAAAAGGCAUGCAUAACGGGGGAGCAACACUGUGAACAGUGGCGUAGCACUCUGCCAUCCUCUUGUCCCCUGCAACGCAAACAGAUAAAAUGGCGUCGGAGAACGGCCCUGAAACUCAAGAGGAGAAAGCAGCUCUUAUACAGGGUUGCUCUGAAGAAGACGCACAACAACAGGGUUCCAUAGUACCGCGUAACAAGGAAUCUAAACUAACGCUUUAUCACUGGACCCAGUCCUUCAAUUCUCAGAAGGUGCGUCUGGCCAUAGCGGAGAAAGGUUUGCGCUGUGAAGAGUAUGAUGUGAGCCUUCCUCUCAGUGAACACAACGAGCCGUGGUUUAUGCGUCUGAACCCUGCGGGUGAGGUGCCGGUCCUGGUCCACAACGACAAUGUCAUCUGUGAUCCAACACAGAUCAUAGACUAUCUGGAGGAGAACUUUAAUGAUGAGGGAACUCCCAGGCUGGUUCCUGAAGAAGGCAACAGGUACUAUCUCAGAGUUCAGCACUACAGGGAGCUGCUGGACUCGCUGCCGAUGGAUGCAUAUACGCACGGCUGUAUCCUUCAUCCUGAGAUCACAGCUGAAUCCCAUAUACCAACAUAUGCUGCUGCAUCCAUAAGAACACAGAUUGGAAACACACAGACCGAGCUGGCGAAACUGGCUGAGCAGAACCCAGAGCUCAAAGAUGCUUACGUAGCAAAACAGAGGCGUUUGAAAUCAAAGUUGUUUGACCAUGACAACCUGAAGUAUCUCAAGAAGAUUCUGGAUGAACUGGAGAGUGUAAUGGACCAGGUGGAGAAAGAGUUGCAGAGAAGAGUGGAGGAAACACCAGAGGAAGGCAGCCCAUCAUGGCUGUGCGGAGACUUCUUCAGCAUUGCUGACGUCUCUUUGGCUGUCACCUUGCACCGCCUGAAGUUCCUCGGCCUCUCCCGACGUUACUGGGGCAACGGUAGGCGAGUCAACGUGGAAACAUACUACGAGCGAGUGGUGGAGCGCCAGGCCUUCCGGAGGGUGCUGGGUUAUGUCAACAACAUCUUGAUCUCUGCUGUUCUUCCUGUGGCGUUCCGAGUUGCCAAAAAGAACGCUCCGGUUAUAGUUGGCACAGCUCUGCUGGUCGGGUUUCUUGGGGGAGCUACGUACCUCGCCUUUCUCUACAUGAAGAAGAGGCUCAAUUCCUUCACUUGAAGAAGGGUGAGGAGAUUUGGAACAAAACAUUGGUGGAACUGGUUUAAACGGUCAUUAACCCUAUCUGUUAUAUCUAACUGAACCAAUGAACACUGUUUUCUGUGUCUAUUGCACACAACGCACUUUUAUCAACCUUAAUUACAGCUGCUUGAAAUCAUGCUUUAGUUUCAGUCACAUAUAACAGAACAUUUACCAUCUAAGCUGAAUAUGAACAUGUGUUAAGAACCAGCUUUUAGAGGUAUAGAAGUAUGAUUACGUCUUGCUUUCAAAGGUUUUACAGAACUGUAGUCCUUCCUGCAGUCACCAGUGCUGAACAUGAAUGCUAACUUUAUGACUGGCAAACCUUAAAGAAGAACAGUGUAGAUAUGUCAUAUAUAACAUAUAUAUUAACGGAUACAAUUACUGGACAGUAAUGUAAAAAUUUUUUACAUGAAACAUGUAAACUCCAUGUUUAAGGGUCCAAGUUAAUCAAUUAAAUGUAAAAACACAAAGAUAAUCGAACAUGUUUUGAUCUCAUUUAUUAUUUUAACGAGUUACAUAUGUUUAUUCAAAGGUGCUUGUCAUUUAUUUAGUUAAUGCUGACCUUUGCAUGGUAGGAACUUUAAAAAGAAACUAUACUGAAAUCCCAUAGUGUGCUAUUUGCACCUUUUUGCUAAGUCCUAGUGUUGUAUUCUAGACUGCAGUUAAACUGCACCAACAGCUGGCUUCACACAUUACAAAAGCUUUGUUGGUUUUCGAGUCUUGCAUAUGUAUUUAGGGUCUAACUUACAUAGGCACAAUGUCAUGCCUAAUAUGUGUCUGAAAAAUAAACCAAGAACUUCAAAGCAA